UCCUUCCGACUUUUGUAAAUAAAACAUUGACGAAUCUUUAUGUACGUGGGUAAGUUUAUUUUAUCGUUUUAAACACCUGUUAUUCCAAAGAACUAAUUUCAAAGCUGUGAACGUGGUAAUCUGAUAAAAAUGAAGGUUUUGAAUCUGAUAAAAAAUCUUCUAGAAGAUGUUUAAUAUAGCUAAGUUUUUCGCGCAAAUUAGGUAUGGGAUAAUGUAGCUAGCAUGAAACAUUAGUCAAAGAUACAUUUCUUCUCGAUAUAAAGCAGUAUUUACAAUAAAAAUAUGAACUAACAAAGGGUUUCACACUCGUUAUUUUAUGUUAAUUCUUCGUUGUUCUGAUAAAAUGUUUUCUUAUAAAAAGAGUGUAUAGUACGAUAAUUUUCUCUGCUUCACCUUUUUGAUAAAUGAUAAAACCAUGUUAAAGAACAUAAUAUGAAUAUAAACAAAGGUCUGGGGUAGCCAAGCUAGAUUCAGCCUUAGCAUAUUGAAAAAAUCUAUGUCUAAAUCGAACAUAAAACGUGCUGUAUAUAUGGUUAAGUAAAGCCAAGGAGGUUUAAAAAGAAGGAGAGAGAACUCGCGGCGUCCCUUUAAAUUUUCUAUUCAAUUUUUUAUUGUUUCGGCGCCCCUUUGAACUGAUCCGUGUCUCUGAUUUGGCUCAAUAUUUACCUACCGACUCUGAAACGAGUGUUUUAACGAGAAAAGAUAAAUCUUAAAAAUCACACUUACAGCAAUGCGGAAGAGCAGGAAAACAUGUAGUUUAGUUAAACUACAAGAUUCAAUGAGGGUGAAGUUUGUUUUUCCACUUCCAUAAGGACGCGGAAGGAGUAAAGUGCCUUCAAAGUGCGAAAAGCUGCCUUGGGAGAUCGUAAAGUUUUACAACUUAUAAACUAUUUCGUAUGUCCCCUCCUGGGAAAAUGUUAGUUAAAGGGUUGAUUAACGUUUUUGUGCAGGUCUCGUCAGGAGGGGUUAUUUAUAAAAUUGUUUUUUUUACUCUCGAAGUAGACGAAUUCUCGGUAGGGUGUCGCAGCACGUCGCAGCACUCGGUGAUGUUUUCCAUUGUCAUGGAACAAAAGAAAAUAAUUAUUAGUUCUAAUUAUGUAUAUUUAGGUAAAAGUUUUAAGCAACUUUUUUUCUUUUUUCCCCAGUGGGAGUAGAUUUUCUGUUUAUGUAUAUUCUUUCUUUCUCUCACACCAGCUGUAUGUUUUGAAUAUAUAUUGAAUUGAGUUUAUAAUUGUUUUUUUAUUAGGUGUUACAUAACCAGCUGGCAAGUGGUUCACAUUUUUUUUUAAUUCCCUUGACACCUUUGUGGGUUUUUUAUGAAGUUUUUUUGAAAAAUAAAGUAUUCAUAUUUGAAUUUUGCUGUGUCAACAUGUCUGCUUCACAUUCAGAGUAUAUUCAAAAGCUAUGUAGAUUGUGUGGGAAGAAAAUUGUGAAAAGUAAACAUUACGUUAAUUUUAAAUCUUGUGAUAUUUACAGUGAAGUGUUUCAAUCUAUAUAUGGAAUAAAUUGUGAACAAGAAGAUCCUUGUGUAUUUCCUAAAUUUACUUGUAAUGGAUGUAGAAGAAAAUUAGAUGAGAUGAAAACGUCAAAAAAAAUAAUUGGUACUGCUGCAUCAUUUUACCCUCAUGUGGAUGAAAAUUGUGUGUGCAUGAAUUAUGCUGUAAACAGAAAAGACAGCUUAAAAAUACUGGAAUUAGAUGUGAGUAUGAAGAAAGUUGGUUUUAGUAUAUGUGAUAAAUCGGAUAACUAUAAACGUGUCUAUACCCUUUGUCAAAAUGAAAAAGAAUUAAACCAUUUGCUUACAAUACGUAUAGACAACAGCAAUGGUUGGGAUUUCUCCAUAUAUGGGAAACCUAUGGAGAAAGAAACAAUACAACUAACAAAAACUCUGCCAUGUGUUUUGAAAAAUGAUGAUAUUUCAACUUUCUCGUCAUUCUGGAAGUCAGUCAGUGUUUGCACGGGGUUACAAGGUUAUGAAGAUGUAAUCAAGUCGAGAUGUAAUUUCGAACAGCCAUUCAUGAAUCAGAGUGGAACAUUUCCAGUAGCUUUUGUUGAAGACGAUAAAAUGGUCAGAUUUGAUGAAGACAAUUUUAAAACAAUACGCCAUACCAACUGUCAUUUUUUAGCUGAAAAACCUUCAUCUGUAUGUAGUAUGUGCAAUUCUUUUAAACCAACAGUUAAAAAAGUUAGAAGUAGACGGAAAAGUGAUGAUUCUGUGCUUGAUUCCUCACAUACAAACAUUCGAUAUCUUUCCAGAGAAGAACUAGAGGAAAGAUAUCGCAAUACUCAGGGAGAAAAACAGAGAGCAAUAAAGAAAGUUGCCCAAUUAUCAUCUUGGGUAAGAAAAAUUACUGAGAAAGAAUGCAUCCAUGUUGAUGAUGAGCAACACGAAUUUAUAAAAAAUAUUGUUUGCAAUGAGGAAACAUGUCCUGAAAUACCCGAAGGCAGUCCCCAGUGGUUGUUAUGGGAGCAACAAAAAGAAAUGGCUUCCAAAAGUUCACCUAAUGGCAUGAGAUGGCACCCACUAAUUAUUAGGUGGUGCCUCAGUUUAUACCACCAUUCACCAGCAGCAUAUAAACAUUUGCGAAAUCCGAAUUUGAAUUUUUUAAAACUCCCACAUAUUGACACACUUAAAAAAUACAUAAACUUCACUGAUCCAAUGUGUGGAUUCAAUCCAGAUGUCAUUGAAAGAUUAAUAGUGGAUAGUAAAAUUGCAACUCUGGAUGAUCACCAAAAAAACGUUUCGCUUAUUUAUGAUGAGAUGAAAAUAAAAGCUGACUUGGUGUUCAGACAGUCAACUGGACAAUUGGUUGGUUUCACUGAUAUGGGGGAUAUUAACGAUGAGUUAGUUGAAUUUCAAAAACGUGCUGAGGGAUCAUCAGAGAAUGAUCGUCACUUUGCUUCCUAUGUGAUAGUGUUUAUGGUUCGAGGAAUUGUUUCAUCUCUGGUGUAUCCUUUUGGAUAUUUCGCAUCAUUGGGAUUUACCUCUGAUCAGCUCUAUCCAUGUGUAUGGGAGGCGACAUAUGUAUUGGAGGCAAUUGGUUUUUAUGUUCGAGCAUUUAUUUCAGAUGGUGCUUCUCCCAAUAGGAAGUUUUACAAAAUUAUGGUGACACCUGAUAUUGGUAACACAUAUUGGACCAACAACUUAUUAUCAUUGGACAGAAAGAUCUUUUUUAUAUCCGAUGUCCCUCAUCUCAUUAAAACAACGAGAAACUGUUUCGAGAACUCUCAUGGAAACAAUAAUACACGCAAUCUUUUUCUCGAUCACAUGGAUAUCAGCUGGAACCAUCUUGUCAAUGUUUAUGAAUGGGAUCUGAAUUUACAUGGAGCAGCACCUGGAUUAAGGAAACUUUAUAAACUAAAAGAGGAUCACAUAAAGUUAACUCCAAGGUUGAGGAUGCAAGUUAAGUUGGCUACCCAAGUUUUGAGUAAAACAACUGCUGAUGCACUUGAGGUUCAGGGGCUGCAUUAUACGAAAAGUACAAUAAAGUUUGUGCGUAUGUUUGACCAAGUUUUUGAUUGCUUGAAUGUAUCUUCAAUUAAUCAAGAUCGUGGCGGAAAAAUAGCUCUUGCAGCAUAUAGAGAUGUUAACGAUUGGCGUUUUGAGUUUUUAGAAAAAGAAUUCCUCGAACAUUACCUGGGAAGGUGGGAAGAACAAGCCAAUGACACACCUAAUUUAUCCCAAGAUGAAAAAAAUAAAUUGUUAUUGAGCAAACAGACGAUAAAUGGUUGGAAAAUAACAGUGAAAUCAUUCGUGGAACUGACCAAAUUACUUCUCCAGAGUCCAAAUGUCAAGAUGAUUUUGAGCGAGAAAUUCUCACAAGAUCCAUUGGAGGAACAUUUCGCUCGUCAAAGACGAAGUGGUGGUACAUGUGACAACCCAACACUUUAUCAAUUUGGCCAACACGAACUUUCUUUGCUUGUUAUGAAAUCUGAGUUGAUCAGAGAUCUACGUGGAAACACUCGACGUGGUAAUCAAAAUCAGAUUCACCUAGACGUAAAUGAUAUGAGGAAACUUCCACAGAAAAGAAAGAGAUAGUUAUUUAUAUAUUGAUACUUUUGGAAACAUGAUUGUUUGACUAUUUUAUUUAUAUUUUUUCUGAGUAUGUCAGACAUUUUUUCCAUUACGCUUUUUCAACAUAGAAGUUGUUUUGUUAUUAGUGCCUUGUCUUUUGAGUCACAUCUUUUGCAAAUAUUUUUAGUGGAGUACGAUUUUGACUUUGAUUUGAAACAUUUUUUUGAAAACAUCAAAUCUUAGAAAAUAAUUGAGAUUAAAAAAAUUUAGGAUUGCUACUUUAUUAUUGCUAUGUAAUUUUUAUUUAUGUCAUCGGGAAAUUACAACUAUUACGGAAUUUCUUUUAUCUUCAUUUCGAAUGGAUCCGCCAUACGUGAAUAAAUAUUACAGUUUUGUUUUGCUUUUUUACAUACUCACUUCGCGAUAUGUAGAACAACCCUGGGGACAAGUUUCAUUAUAUUCCCAACAAGAAUUCAUGCGAAGGAGUGUCGAAAUUAAUAUUCGCUAUUCGGGACUAUGUUGAUUUAAAAAAAGAACGUGACAAAGGCCUCUUGGUGUAAGGGUGUAUACAAACCACAAUAAAACAUACCCGAUACCCGUGUGAGAUGUAAAACUUGUUUGCAAAGAGAGUUCGAUACCCGUGUGAGAUAUAAAACUUGUUUGCAAAAAAUUUAAUCAAAUGGAAUAAUCAAAAAGUGAGUUGAUUUCAUCAGGCCACAGUCAGGCAUAGAGCAUCCGAUGCGGCAAUCCUAGGUCCGAGGUUGCGGUCAGCUUUAAGUAGCGAUUCUCGCGUAAGAAUAUUUGCGUCGGUAAUUAUGCACGCGCAACUUAUUUUUCAGGGUCCCUCCAGCUGAUAAAAAGCAUGUUGUUUCAUACCAUCUUGAUUAGCCUAUCCAUCGACCAUUUCUCCGCGUUUUUAUGAUCUAUUAAAUUUCUAGCAAAGCGCGCAGAGUUUUGAUCUCGCAGCAUUAUUCAGUUUAACGCUUGCCAAUGUGCAUAACUGAACAAAGAAGUAGCACAAAAAAAAGAAAUGAGAGUGAAGUUCACAAAUCUUGGCAAAAAUUUAGAUUUAAAAUAAACAGCUUCAGCGAGAUUGAAUCCUUACUCAAUCCGAAAAAAACCCUUAAAAUAGUACAAACAUAAUAAGGGUAUGAUUAUUUUACUAAGAAACACAGUUAUAUACAUGGAAAAGAUAUAUAGAAAUUAAAACAAGUUAUAGGUAAAAAUGUUAUGACAAUUAGUUAAGUUUUUUUCUCAUUGCUGGUUCACCUUUUUUAGAUAAGACUACAGUCAACUUCUCUUUUUUCUCCGAUGCUAGAGAAGCAAGUUUGCGUCGAACUACUUGUAUAUAUGCAGUGACAUAUGCUUUUGCUCUGAUGUCACACCAUUUUUUAAUGAUCUGAGCUUUGAGAAUUUUCGAUAACUUCUCAUUUCCAAGAUACCGUGAAAGUAUGACCCAGGCUUGAUCAAUUAAAGAGUCCUUCAUAAGUUCAUUUUCGAAAAGUUCCCGUAUAUCUUCUCCUUUAUAUUUUUUCAACAUGUUCAAAUUUAAAACUUUUCUAAUAACGUUUUCAAUUCUUCUGCAAAAAAUAAACAUGUCAUCAUUGACUUUUAUCAGGUAUCCUCUGCUGACUUGGUCCACCCAAGAUCUUGUAUAAUCCAGAAAACUAUAUACCUGCAGUUUAUCAUCACCUGAAACUUUCAAUGAGUUCAGAAACUGCAAUGCAGCCACAGCAACAACUUUGUUUUUCGAAUCUGCUAAUCUUUGGUAUUUUUUACGUAGCGAGAAAAUUAUGUAUCCUGAAACAUAAUACAGAACAGUUUGUUCCUCAGUUGUGAGUUUCAAGUCAAGACUUUUUUCGACAUGUCGAUUUUUGUUUUCAUGAGCUACUAGUAUUUUUAUUAACUCCAUAACAAAUUUCUGCAACAACAUAGAGAAUUCUUGACUGUCAAUGCGACACACUACAUUUUCAGAAAUAAUGUCCAAAACAUCACUCCCAGCAUUCAAAAUUGAGUUGGCUAAUUCUUUGACACGAUUUCCAGGUGUUUUGAAUCCUUUCACAACAAUGUUAUUGAUUGGGUCUUUUGAAAUUUUAACCAUAGCAUCACGAACAAAAUUCAUUUUUUCUUGCUGCAGCUCAUGAUCGGUGAUGGAUAAAGAUUCUAAAAGGGUGCAAAAAAAAAGGUUUAUACCACCAGUUCACAAUAUUUUGCUCUAUAUAUAGCAAAAAAAAAUUCCUUAUGUUCUCAGAGUUCAUGAAUGAAUACUUACGAUUCGAUUUUGAUUUAACUUGUUUUGUGGAAAUUGUUGUAGUUGAUUUAUUUUUUGAGUCAUCAAGAGUUUUUCUUGCCACUGUUGUUGUUUCUGGAUCUAUUAUUGGAAUACAGAGUUGACAUCAGAACACAGUUGUGAUAACAAAACAAGACAACAACAACAAAAAGCAUAUCAAAUGAUGAUAAUACAAUAGCUUUUCUAUGAAAUCUACAUGCAGAGUCAAAAAACAAAACAUUAUAGCUAGCUAGCUAAUGGUGUUUUAAAGAAAACAUGACUUUAUUAAACUGAAGCAUUACCUGUUGGCUUUUUACAUAUCAGAGUAUGUUUCUUGUAGUAAGCUUCUUUAAAAUACUGUUUUUUGCACUUGCUGCACACAAACUUCACAUUUUUGGUACUGUUGUUAUCAACCACCAUGUCCACAUCUUCUUCAUCAACGAAUACUAUUUGAGGAAUACCCAAAUAUCCAGCAUCUACUUCAUUUUCUUCUUCCAACAGAUCUUCCACAAACGAUACUUCCACCUCACAACUUUCGUAAACAGUAAAAUCUGACAACAUUUCUUCCGUCACAAAAAAGUCAUCAUCCAAUUCUAUUAUAUUUUUAACGUCUUCGCCUGCCAUUUCGCUUCUUGCUUGUUUAUGAUAUGUAAAAACGACAAAUUUAUCAACUAACAAGCAUUUACCGCUGAGAGAAAAAUAGCCGCGGGCUCAUAAUUUAUGCAAAUAGUAACAAAAGACAACGGCUAAUUUAUUAAUUUAAGCGCGAGAUUUCAAAUUUUGAUUGACAGAAUUCGAUGUAAGAACAAUAGAGAAAAGUAAACAUGAGACACGGAUGAUUUCAAUAGAAAUAAAAGAGUUCUCUCUCCUUCUUUUUAAACCUCCUUGGUAAAGCUAGCCGUACCUAACAGCCGCACCUUAGCCGUACCUUAGCCGUACUUAAGAAAAUUCGUAAUUAGCAGCUCUGUGUAAGACCACUUGCUUCUAAGCUUAAAAUUAGUAGUUAAUGUAUAUCAAAGUUAAAUUGUCUAACUUUUAUUUCGUCUUUUAGGUGAAUAUCUAUGCCGAUAAAAAUGAUGCAAAAUGGAGCACUCCAUCGUCGAGCCCCAGUAACCCCCAGGGAGUCCUCAAUGAUGAAAUACCGAUAAUAAUAUAUCUUACAUGUAUUAUAAUUUUUAUAAAAUGAUUUUAAUACAAAUACAAAAGAGAUUUUUAAAAUUGAAUGUAUGAAAAACAUUAGUAAAGUAAGAUUGAACAUUAUUACGCUGCGGACAAUAUUAGAGCUAGCGCUAAAAGUGACUACAGCUGGCUAAAUUUAAAUACGGUUGCCAAAAUAAGGUACGGCUAGAUAAUAUUAAGGUACGGCUGGGUCUUAUCAUAUAAGAAACAACUUCAAAUGCUACAAAUGUUUAAUAAAAACGAAAUUAUGUUAGGUACGGCUAGCCAAAAUAAGGUACGGCUGGACCAUAUUAAGGUACGGCUGGGUCCUAUCAUAUAAGAAACAACUUCAAAAGCUAAAAACGUUCAAUAAAAACAAAAUUAAGUUAGGUACGGCUAACCAAAAUAAGGUACGGCCGGACAAUAUUAAGGUACGGCUGGGACCUAUCAUAUAAGAAACAACUUCAAAUGCUAAAAACGUUCAAUAAAAACGAAAUUAAGUUAGGUACGGCUAGCUAAAAUAAGGUACGGCUUGACCAUAUUAAGGUAAGGCUGGAUUUUAUUAUAUAAGAAACAACUUCAAAUGCUAAAAAAAAAUUAAUAUAAACGAAAAACAAUAAAUACGUAGAAGAAGUAGAGUUUACUGGAAAGUAAAGUGCGGGCUAGGUUAAGAAAAAAAUUGUAUGCAAUAUGCUCUACUAGGUUGGCUCCACAUUGUUUUCUGCACAGGAAAAUAAAAAUAUUUAUUAUUUAUGGUUAUUUAUAAAAUUGUUUUUUUUACUCUCGAAGUAGACGAAUUCUCGGUAGGGUGUCGCAGCACGUCGCAGCACUCGGUGAUGUUUUCCAUUGUCAUGGAACAAAAGAAAAUAAUUAUUAGUUCUAAUUAUGUAUAUUUAGGUAAAAGUUUUAAGCAACUUUUUUUCUUUUUUCCCCAGUGGGAG